AUGAAGAGACCUAUCGACACUUUCGACUUUGCAGAGACAUCCCCAAAACGUCAUCACCCGGACCCGCAUUCGACGGAGGGCAUCCUGUCACGUAUCGCGCCAUCCGACCUCAAGUCAUGUUUCCAGGAAAUGCUCUCUGAUCCCCUCUGCGGGCAGGCCGUUGAAGCACAUCUCCAGGCCUACGCCAGCAAGGCCUUGAAGGCGGAGAGCGAGCGAACCAAACGGCAAGCAGACGAGAUUCGCAAGAAAGCGUCCAGGGCUGUAGCCAAAGCCACAGAGGAUGCAUACGACCCCCAGAACCGCACAUUUCAUAUUGAACAUAUAGGGAAGGCAGUCGAUCCCUUUGUGAGGCAUGCUCUCGAUCUUUGGCGCUCUGGCUCCAGGGCAAAUGCGCCAUCUUUGGUUUUUGACCUGUUGAUGGACUUCGCCGACCGGCUUAUCUGGAAAGAAUGGGACUUCAGCGUUUGUGGGGACAAUGAGGAUAACGACUAUGUUCAUCUCGAUAUCGAGGACAUUUUUGUAGGCAUCGUCUGGGAAGAGCUUGAAAGGUGUGAAGAUCCCAAGCAGUGGCUCCAGCGUGAUAAAACGAAAGACUGGGCGUCAAAGGUCAACAGACUGAACACGAGCAUCGAUGAGAACAACAUCAAUAAAAGUUCUUGCCACAAGUAUGUGCGUCUCAAGCGAUUGCUUGAGACCGGCACUGAGAAGGACUAG